AUUUUCUUUUGUUUUGUUUUAGCUUGUGCUCUAGCAAUGAAUCAGCUGUGCCGUCUAGGGGGGCAUUCUAUUUGACUGUCUGUUCAUGACAGUUUGAAAUACACCGUUGGGCUGGAGAGACAGUACAAUGAAAUGAUAAUCCUAGAAGAAAACGAAGGAUUCAGCACAAAUCAGAAGCUGUGGGGAAAAUGCUGGGUUGUGUCGUCGGAUAUAAUCUCUAUCAGUUUUUUCGUUUAACUGAAUUGACACAUCAUACGGGAGAAAAUCCACAAGCAAUCAACACUAGACAAACUGGAUUUUGAUUUCGACGUGACGUGAUCUUUCACAGUGCUACCUAGCGUGAGGUAGUGAGUUCACAGAACGCUGUCCACAACAUUUGACUCCCAUCCUGAUUUCGCAAUGGGUGAAGAGAAGCCAGAGACGCUUGAUUUUGUCAAAGACUUUCAGGAGUACCUGAGCCAACAGACCCAACAUGUCAACAUGAUUUCGGGCUCCGUCAGUGGCGUCAAAGAUGUGGACGACCUGCCAGGAGAUCUCAGUCAAAAUGGUCUGGACCAUCCCUCUGUCGACAUUACGUUGGAUGACAGCUCAGGCAUAUUGGUGGACGGCUUUGAGAGGACCUAUGAUGGCAAAUUGAAAUGCCGCUACUGUAACUAUGCCACCAGGGGCACAGCUCGGCUCAUCGAGCACAUCCGCAUCCACACAGGUGAGAAGCCACACCGCUGUCACCUGUGUCCAUUCGCGUCUGCGUAUGAGCGCCACCUGGAGGCCCACAUGCGCUCCCACACGGGUGAGAAGCCCUACAAGUGUGAGCUGUGUUCCUUCCGCUGCAGCGACCGCAGCAACCUCUCGCACCACCGCCGACGACGACACAAGCUGCUGCCCAUGAAGGGAGCGCGCUCCGCCCUCUCACACCGCAAGGUGCUGAGUGUACUUCAGAAGCGCGGUGCCUCGCUGGGCUAUGGCCGUCGGCUGCUCAUCAACCUCAGCCCCCCCUCCAUGGUGGUGCAGAAACCCGGCACGCCCGACCAGCCUCACCUGGCCAUGGCCGACUUCAGCCCCGAGGUGCCCUCCCACUCCGGCCUACACCAGGACCCGUACGAGGGGCUGAGCAAGGGGCCGGGCUCGGAUGCUGGCAGUGUCAGUGGAGGGGCGGAUGGCAGUAUGCACAGGGAACCCCAUGACCUAUCUAUGGACAAUCCGCUUAACCAGCUCUCCACGCUGGCUGGUCAGCUGGCCAGCCUGCCCCCUGACGCUCACCACCACCACGUGCCUCCGGUGUCGCCGGGCGCCGAGUCUCUACCGGACGAGAAGCCGUCGUUCCUGGUGCAGCAGCCGGCGACGGCCCCAGCCGCGGUGUCUCAGGCCACGCUCGCCCAGGCCUCUUCCCCCAUCACCCCAGAGCCCCGGCCUGCCUUGCACAGCAGCUGCAGCCCCGGGGUGGGGCCCGGCAGCGAGAGGACCAGCACCCCCAGUGGCAUCACCAGCCAGCCGGGCACGCCCACCCCGGCACAGGACCCUCAGAUGCUCCAGCACUGCCCGCACUGCCACAUCUACUUCCCCGACAACAUCCUCUUCACCAUCCACAUGGGCUGCCACGGUUACGAGAACCCCUUCCAGUGCAACAUCUGCGGAUACCGCUGCCGAAACCGAUAUGACUUUGCGUGCCAUUUUGCCCGCGGCCAGCACAAGCAGUGAGCCGCGUCUGAGCAGAGCCGGAGAAGGGCCGAGUCACGGCCGCAGCCAAUCAGAGGCAGCGUCCCGGGUUCAGAAAAUGCACUGUAAAACAUUGCAGGCCAGUUAAGUGAGUGAGUAAGUUGCCCUCCUGCUUUAAGUUAACUCAAGUUGAUGCUUAUAUUUGUGUUAUUUCAGAAAUCAAAGUCUCAAGUUGAGUUAACGUACAAACGUAAGGCAGCAGAGCAACUUACUUUAAAGGGAUACUGUGUGAGAUUUUUAGUUGUUUAUUUCCAGAAUUCAUGCUGCCCAUUCACUAAUGUUACCUUUUUCAUGAAUACUUACCACCACCAUCAAAUUCUGAGUAUUCAUUAUGACUGGAAAAAUUGCACUUUUCAUACAUGGAAAGGGGGAUCUUCCCAUGGUCCGCCAUUUUGAAUUUAGCUGCAAAAAUGACUACUUGGAUCAUACUAGGAAAUAUUUGUUUAUUACUUAGUACACUUUCAUGUAAAGAUCAAAUUAGGCAAUAGGCAGCCCAGUUUCAAUGAGCAGCAUAGUUGCAGUACCUUUUCUCACCAUUUCCUGCACCGUGUCCCUUUAAAAAAAACUGGCCUGCUGCAAUGUUGUACAGUGUAAACACCCUGCCACAUAAUUUGCUCCAGGCAAUUCAAUUCAGUUGGUCAAAAUUACCACACCUCUUCAGCCAGGUUGAUGAGCAAAUUAGUGACAUCACUUGUGGUAGAGCGCUCAGGCAGAAGGAAUAUCUGGCAACGCUUUGACUUUCUCCGUGCAGUUGGUCUGCCUCUGCAGCCAGCCAGGCGACAGCCAACCCGGACACAGCCGCGUAUUCUGUGUUUUCUGGGGUGCCUUUCUCGCGAGUACUGUAAACUGUAAACUUUUAGCCGUUUUCGUGACCGAAACUGAAGUGGAGCGUUUAGUUGUAGAUCCGCUGUGAACCUCCUGUAACUUUUUUGUUGUUGAAAAAAGUUGUUUCGUUUUGUUUUCGUUUUCUCUGUGUAACUUUUUAAUCCGAUUCUUUGUCACAGUUAUUUAUUUUUUUGAUGAAUUUUAUGAAGUUUCACUAAAGUGUGUAAGAUUAUAUGCCUCUAUUGGAGAUACAGUAUCUCACCAUAUCACGUCAUGAUUUCAGUUUAAGUGCUUUCACGCUUUGAUGGGUUUAUAUUUAUGUGUGUGCGUGUGUGUGUGUGUGUGUGUGUGUAUGCGUUGCACAAAAAAGUUUUAACCAUGUAUCUAAACAGUGCCUCUGAGAACUUUCAACUUUAUUUCUGGUCGUUCCAUUUCGUCAUUUCCCAGUGAGGCACCUCAGUGUGUUGUGCACAGAAAAGUAAUUAACACACACAUGUUCAUUUUGUGGAGGUUAUAACAGUGCUUGGUACAGUGCAGAGCUUGUAUGGUCAAAAUUCAGGUUGCUGUUAUUGUUUUAUUUAAUAUGAAGACUUGGUGGAGUGCUCAGUAGUCUUAAUCUGUCUUAAGUAAUUAAAAAAAGAGAAGAAGUAUCCUUCCGAGAAAACUAUAGGAGACAACUCAAGUGAUGACGUCAUGUGAAUGUGAGUAACAAUCCUGACCUUAUUGUAAAGGUUGGCGGCCCCAGACCAUUCCGAGAAGCUGGUUCUGUAGUAAGCCAGGUUAACUUAACAAUCAGAGUUCAAGAGAGUCCCUGUCCUCAAGCCCUCAGCAUCACAGGUGCAGGUGUGAGGCAGCACAAAGUGAUCAAAGAUGAAAGUUAA